CAGGAAAGUUUAGCAUGAAAAUUCUAUUUUUUUCUUGAAAGCAACCGCAAUCGCAGCGCCUGAAGAAAAAGGAGGAAUAUAAAAUGCAAAACGGGCGUAGUCUAUGUCUUCCCUUUCUUCUUGUUCUCACAGCUGCUGUUAAAAGUAUCAACUAUGAAUCACUGGGAAGUCUCCUUAAUAUUCUUUAUGGUCGUCAUCGGUGUGGCUUCAUCAUUAAGAUCAUAUUAUAUUGCAGCAGUGUUUGAACACGCUCGUCAAUCGAAUGUGACUGAAGAUACGCCCGAGAUUAUAAUAUCCAAGAACUUAGCUUACUAUAAGAAAGCAACGAAAGAAGCCAAGACGAAGGGAGCUGACAUUAUUGUCUUCCCAGAAUAUGGCAUAUUUCCUCCACUGGAAAGAAAUGAGUUGAAACCAUACUUAGAAGUGAUUCCAGAUCCCAAACAGGUUACAACCAAUCCUUGUAAUGAAACAGAAAAAUACCAGAACCGCACUAUACUUUAUACUUUGAGUUGCAUGGCUCAGCAGAAUGAAAUUGUUGUAGUGGCAAAUAUGGGAGCCAUCCAGUCUUGUGAAGGAGAGGAUGAAUGCCCAGAAGAUGGAUCUUUUCAUUUCAAUACUAACGUCGUUUUUGAUAAGAAUGGCACAAUGCUUGUGCGCUAUUACAAGGAACGUUUAUUCUAUGAAUUCGGCAUGGAUCUACCAAUGCAACCGCAAGAUUUUGUAUUUAAGACAGAUUUCGGAAUUUUUGCCACAUUCAUUUGUUUCGACUUCGAAUUUUUUAAAAUGACUGAAGUAGCUCAGAGGAAAGAAUUACAGAUAGAUGCAGUUGCUUUCUCUGCGAUGUGGGGAAACUCUCCUCCUCAAAGAUCAUCUAUCCAACUUUGGGAAUCGUGGGCGCUUGGAAAUAAUGCUACACUUUUAGCGGCCAAUAUUCAACUUCCAGGUUAUUUAGCAGUAGGUAGUGGGUUAUUUAGUGCAGCCGAUGGGCCUUUAGCUUAUACUUUCGAUCCAGAUGGUACGUCAAAAUUAGUUGUCGCCACAGUUCCGAGAAGAGGCUACAGUUCUACUUUAUCACCACCGAAUGCUAGCAUUACAAAGAUCACUUUGAGUAGUACUGAAGAAUCUCAUAAUGAUGGAUCAGAUAUCCCUUCGGUAUGCUCUUGGAGAGUUUUAGGCACAGCAAAGGACCUUUACAAAGAUAACAGAUGCCACGAACCAAAUAUGUCAAAUUUUUCGUUCGUGAAGUUAAUAGAUGAUAGCGAUCAUAUUAAAGCUUGUUUUAAUGGCGUAUGUUGCUCCCUUAAAUAUUCUUCUAAUGGUAUGACGGAAAAUUUUUACUUAAUAGUAUACAAUGGUACAAUUGAUUAUGAUUAUCAUAGUCGUUAUUCCCUUUGCGAGCAGACUUGUACGUUGGCAAGAUGUGAACCCAAUGGGACAAAUCCCUGCGCAUCUUUCCCCCUGAAAACCGAAACAUUGUUUUACAACGUCCAACUCACAGCUGACUUUUCUACUAAACAUAUAUAUCCAUCUAUUGUAAGCAGUGGUAUGAGAUUAACUCCAACGAAUAAAUGGAGUCAUGGAGUUAAAGAGAUAUCUUCUGAUGUUUACAAAGGUUACAUCAAUUUCAAAAGCACCUCAGGAGAGACUUUGGUCUCUGCGGGUUUAAGAGGCCGUUGCUACGAUCGAGAUCCUCCAUAUAUUCGUUAAAACUGUAUUUUUGCUAUAAUCUGUGACACUGAUAAUUUGUUUUUCUGAUUUGUAGAGAAAGAUAUCGAAAUUCAAUGUAAUUUUUCCUUUCAGUUUCCCUUCAUGGACAUGAUCACUGAAUUCGCAAGUAAAGAUUUAUUAACAUACAAACCCAUGACUUAUGAAUAAUAUGACCUAACAUAGUUUGAAUUCCUGAAGUAAGAUAUUCUGUGUUGAAAUAAAUUGAGUUCCUUUUCAUUUUGCCCUCUGAAUUAAAUUGUAAUGAAUUUAUUUUGUAAUGUUAUGUGAAACUGUACAUACCAGAUUCGUGAGAAUUGCGCGUUUGCUGGAAGUGUCAUAAUUUCAUAUUUUCUAACUUGUAGUGAAAAACACAUGCUAAAUACUGUUAUUAAAUCGGAAAAUUUUUUAUUAGAAUA